UGGAAAAGCCCAUCGCCAUAACAUCACAAUAAAUUGCCUUGGUAUACCUAAUUAAAUAGCAGAAUCUCACCAAAUACGAAAACUGAAUUGUUGCUCCAAUUUUCUAAAUCUGAAAGACUACUGCAUCGGACACUUUGAUUGCGCUAUUGUGCUUCACUUUCUGUGAGGAUGCUUAAGAUCCCUCCGCAUCAAGUUGCAGGACACCAAGCAGGCAAUGGGAAGCUUGGUCCGCUCGUGGAUGAAUCAGGACGUUUCUACAAGCCUCUCCAAGGCGAUGAACGAGGGUCCAAUGAGGUUAAAUUCUACGAAUCAUUCUCUUCCAACACUAAGAUCCCAGAACACAUCUCCAAAUUCUUCCCUAUCUUUUAUGGCACUCAGCUCAUAGAGGCGUCCGAUGGAUCUGGCUUGAAGUCCCACUUAGUUUUACAUGAUCUCGUCGUAGGUCGAGUCAAUCCAUCAAUAGUGGAUAUUAAAAUCGGUUCAAGAACCUGGGCACCACAGUCAACUGAGGAGUAUAUGCAAAAGUGCUUGAAAAAAGAUAGAGAGACAUCGAGCCUUCCCUUAGGAUUCAGGUUAUCGGGGAUACAAAUCUAUGGAAAUAAAGAAUCAGGUUACUGGAAACCGGAAAGGACUUCAAUUCAAAACCUUUCUGCAGAGGAAGUCAAGUUAAUCCUGAAAAAGUUUGUUUCUUCUAACGCGUCGACUGACUCAGACUCUGAACCAGAUUGUGCUUUUGCAGCAACUGUAUAUGGCGGUUCUACUGGCAUUUUAUCACAGUUGCUAGAGUUGAAAGCAUGGUUUGAGGAUCAAACCAUGUACCAUUUUUAUUCUUGCUCGAUUCUGAUGAUGUUUGAAAAAGAACUUGCAUUGGAAGGACAGAAUCCAGGUGCACAAAUCAAGUUGAUUGAUUUUGCUCAUGUUAUUGAAGGAAGAGGUGUCAUUGAUCAUAACUUCUUGGGUGGUCUCUGCUCUUUGAUAAAGUUCCUAUCUGAAAUUCUUACUGCUCCAAAUGAGCACACAACAGAAGUUUCCUCAAAGCCUGAUCAUCAGAACUUUAUUUGCUCUGAUAACGGUGUCAACUAAUUCAGCUUAAAAUUAUGUUGCAAAUUGCACCCUUUUUGUAGGAAAUUCUAUUCUAGCAUUGCUAUGACCCCAGUAUAUAUAAUCUGUACUGGACCCCGGAUCAUAAAUAAACUUUUCUUUCAAAUUUGAUACUCUAUUUAACUUACUUUUAAUAAUGCUUUAUUUUUCAAACUCAUAUUUGUAUAUUUGCUGAAGCCUAUUUGAUUGAUUUA